CAUCCUUUUCUUUCUGUUUUGCAGGGCAGGGACUUCUAGUCUGAAGCAGAGGGUGAAAAGAGCUGCGCUGUCUCUGAAUCCAUCAUGGAACAGAUCAAUGGAUCUGUCCAGAUGGAGCAUACACUGCUGUACACCUUCCUGGAGGUAUCCCCUGACUGUAAGUUCAGGGAGCAACUGCAUUCCCUGCAGAAAGAGUGGUUUCAAUGGCAAUGUGACUACUCCUAUGAUGAUGCAGAACUUCAGACUGAUGGCAAUCAGAGCGGGCAAAUGCGGAACGGUGAGCCAGUGUUUGACCCUCGGGUGCAUGACGAAGUUGUCCGGCUCAUUGCUGCUCAGCUCGCUGAGGCUGGAGACAAGUUUGAUAAAGAAAUCAAAGCAAGAGUAGUAAAUGAUCUAGUGCAGCACUUUCUGAAUGAGAAUCUCUCUCGAGAGGAGAUAACCCGGCUCAUGUCGGAGGCAGUGGAAGGACUUGCACAAGCCAUCCCCUCAGACAUGGAGCAGGAGAAAGCCAUGUUGGUGCUAGCAAUGGUCUUAACUAAAAAAAUCGCCAAUACAAUGCCCUCCCUUCUGCAUCGUGUCUUCAACACCACUGUGAACUACAUCAGCCAGCAGUUUCACAACUACAUUGCCAGAAUGAUGCGCGAGUGAGCUCUCCAGCCCUCCAUGUGGAGAAUGUGCAUUCCUGAAGACUUUUUACUUCUCUUCAUGUAUGCCAAUCACUUUCUGCUCUUACAUAAGAUACAGCUGUGAAAGGAAAGGCAGAGCUUCAGUAGGUAGGCUUUUGUAGAGUAGCACAGCACUGAUGGUAGCGCCAGCUCUGCCGUGCCUGUAAGGAGUAGUGCUUGCCCUCUCUCAUCUUAAAAUAGGGUGUUUUCUUUUAUUUCUUAGCAGUAGCAGACUUCAUGCAGACCCUGGCUUCUGCCUCUAGAGGAAAUGCUGUGGGCACAGAGCCUGCCCUCUCAGUAGUUUGUUUUCUAAUCAGCUGUGGCAUUUUCCUUAGUUGUUCUCUUCCCACCCCUGCUCCUGGUGCUGCAGCUGAGCCAAGAGUGUUAACUGCUCCCAGGAAGGCCUCAGGCUGUAGAAUGGGUGAUUGAUCAGUGCAGGCCAUGGAGGG